CCUCCUGGGCGCAAACUUCAAUUUUAACGGUCAGAAACUAGUUCAGACAACAGAAAAUGCCAGAUACAACUCCUUCUUCUUCUUCACAUGGCCCUGCAAGUUUCUGGACUCAGGCCAAUGCUUUGCUUAGGAAGAAUUUGACUUUUCAGAAAAGGAAUAUCAGAUCAAAUGUUCGGCUUGUCAUAUUCCCAUUUUUUUUGUGCUUGUUGCUGGUUCUUAUCCAAAUUUUAGUCAACUCAGAAUUGGAUAAACCCAAAAAUAAAUGUGGCUGCACUUGUGUUGACACAAAUGGGGAUGGAAAAUGCGAGAGAGUGUGUGGAAUUGAAUAUUCUACACUGGAUCAAGUGGCAACUUGUGCAAUUCCUAGCCCACCAGAGUGGCCUCCAUUGUUACAAAUACCAGCCCCUGAGUAUCGUGCAGUGCUAACAGAUUUUAUUUCACAUGCUGACUUGCCGAAUGAGUCAUGCAAGAGGACUGGUUCUUGUCCCGUGGCUAUACUUCUGACUGGAAGUAAUCGUACCCUUGGACAGAGUCUGGGUGCAAGCAUGUUCCCAAGUUCAUUAACUUUAAAUGCUUCAGAGGUGUUAUACAGCUUAGCUAAUGAUGUCUUGGGUUCUGCAUCAAAGCCUCAAUUGUCCAACUUCCUCGAGCCAGCUUUCUUUUCUAAUCUGCCUGUCUAUUAUCUCCAACCUCAAUGUAGUUCAAACGUCACGUUUUCAGUUUCCUUCCCAGUAGGUUCUGCCUCAAGUAAACAAGAGAUAAGUUGUGUUCAAGGUUUCCAUUUGUGGCGAAACAGUUCUUCUGAGAUCAAUGAUGAGCUGUAUAAAGGUUACAGGAAGGGCAAUCAACAAAGGAAGAUAAAUGAGAUAACAGCAGGCUAUGAUUUCUUAAAUACAGACCUGACAAAUUUUAAUGUGAGUAUAUGGUACAACUCUACCUAUAAGAAUGACUCAGGCAACAGUCCUCUUGCAUUAACACGGGUGCCUCGUUCAAUCAACUUGGCAUCAAAUGCUUAUCUCCAGUUUUUACUUGGACCUGGUACUAAAAUGCUGUUUGAAUUUGUCAAAGAAAUGCCAAAGCCAGAAACAAAGCUCAGGCUGGAUUUCUCUUCUCUGCUUGGACCACUAUUCUUUACGUGGGUUAUUAUAAAACUAUUCCCUGUUGUACUAGGCUCUCUGGUUUAUGAGAAGCAACAAAGGCUAAGAAUCAUGAUGAAAAUGCAUGGGGUUGGCGAUGGUCCCUAUUGGAUGAUUUCCUACGCUUAUUUUGUUGUAUUGUCUUCUGUAUACAUGCUAGUUUUUGUCAUUUUUGGAUCAGUGAUAGGAUUGAAGUUCUUCACACUUAAUGAUUACACUAUCCAGCUGAUAUUUUACUUUUUCUACAUAAACUUGCAAGUAUCAUUGGCUUUUCUUGUUGCUGCAUUAUUCUCAAAUGUCAAGACUGCUACAGUUCUAGGGUACAUAAUGGUCUUUGGAAGUGGUCUCUUGGGUGGCUUUCUUUUCCAGUUCUUUCUUGAAGAUUCGUCAUUCCCGAGAGGCUGGAUCAUAGUCAUGGAAUUAUAUCCAGGAUUUUCCCUUUAUCGGGGCUUGUAUGAGUUUGCACAAUAUGCAUUUGCGGGAAACUAUAUGGGGACAGAUGGGAUGCGAUGGAAAGAUCUAAAUGAUAGCAAGAAUGGGAUGAAAGAAGUCUUAGUCAUUAUGUUUAUUGAAUGGUGGGUGCUUCUUCUCAUUGCGUUUUAUGUUGAUCAAGUUAAAUCAUCAGGAAAAAGUCCUACUUUUUUCUUGCAAAACUUCCGAAAGAAGCCCUUAUCAUCCUUCCGAAAGCCUAGUUUGCAAAGGCAGGGAUCUAAAGUUUUUGUUGGCAUGGAGAAACCUGAUGUUCUCCAAGAGAGAGAGAAGGUUGAACAACUGAUGCUCGAGCCCAGCACAGGUCAUGCCAUCAUCUGUGACAAUCUUAAAAAGGUGUAUCCAGGAAGGGAUGGAAACCCAGAGAAAUUUGCAGUGAGAGGACUGUCACUGGCUUUGCCCCGUGGGGAAUGCUUUGGUAUGCUUGGGCCUAAUGGUGCAGGCAAAACUUCCUUUAUAAAUAUGAUGAUCGGACUUAUAAAACCAAGCUCUGGUACUGCAUAUGUUCAAGGGCUUGAUAUUUGGAGCCAGAUGGAUAGCAUUUAUACCAGCAUGGGUGUCUGCCCACAACAUGAUCUUCUGUGGGAAACACUAACUGGGAGAGAGCACCUGCUCUUUUAUGGAAGACUUAAGAACCUAAAAGGUGCUGCUUUAACACAGGCAGUGGAAGAAUCUCUUAAGAGUGUAAACCUAUUUCAUGGAGGCAUUGCUGACAAGCAAGCUGGGAAAUAUAGUGGAGGUAUGAAGAGGAGGCUUAGCGUUGCAAUUUCACUGAUUGGAGAUCCCAAAGUUGUGUAUAUGGAUGAGCCCAGUACAGGACUGGAUCCAGCUUCGAGAAAUAACUUAUGGAAUGUUGUGAAGAGGGCAAAGCAAGACAGAGCAAUAAUACUCACUACACAUUCGAUGGAAGAGGCAGAGCAUUUGUGUGAUAGAUUGGGAAUUUUUGUUGAUGGGAGUUUGCAGUGUAUAGGUAACCCCAAAGAGUUGAAGGCUAGAUAUGGGGGCUUUUACGUGUUUACGAUGACAACAUCGGCUGUUCAUGAGGUUGAAGUGGAGAACUUGGUGAGACAUCUGUCCCCAAAUGCCAACAGGACAUACCAUUUAUCCGGCACUCAAAAGUUUGAGUUGCCAAAGCAUGAAAUCAAGAUUUCUGAUGUUUUCCAAGCAGUUGAGAAUGCCAAAAGCAGAUUCACAGUUCACGCUUGGGGUCUUGCAGAUACCACUUUGGAAGAUGUGUUUAUCAAGGUUGCUCGUGGAGCUCAAGCAUUCAACGUUCUCUCAUGAAAUCAUUUCUGAUAUCUGCUACAUUUAUUCAUUAACCGAUCACACUUCAUUUUGGCGAUCAGCAUCCUGUAUGAUUGAUUGUUGUUCAUAGCAUCAGAAAUCUGUUAUGACUGCUCCAGAUUUGUAGACAUAGUAGCUAAGCUGACAAUAGCUGUUGA